CUCUGUUGCAGCCGAAAAAGAACAAACGUCUCAACGCAACAAAUGGCCGCUAUGCAACUCUUCGUGACUGUGGCGCUGAUACAGGCAGCUGCAUCAAGAACCCUACUGGUCCCAUCGCGCCUCGUCGCAGAAGUGCCCGUCCUGCAGGCGUGCAGCGGCGUCAGGGGCAACGCGUGCGUCUUCGAGGCGCCCAUCGCCAGGAGCAUACACGGCCGAGGCAACUACACUUUCAGCGGGGCCUUCAACAUCACGCGCAGCGCACAGCACAUCGCGGAGAUUUUGUUGGAUUUUACGCGAUGCCGGGACGUCGUAUCGAGCAACACGUGCGAGCACUUCCACACGUGGCGACUCCACCGCAACGCUUGCCGCACGUGGAUGGACCCUGAAGCUCCGUGGGCCAGUUUGGUCAAGGCCUUCUCCAGUAGCUAUCAGUGCCCGACCAAGGAGGGUACGUACCGGAUGAAGGACGCCACACUGGACACGAAAGGACUCUCUUUGUUGAACCUGCCUCUGGAAGGUGCAGUUUGGCAGACGACAAUUACCUUCGUCGAACCGACGGGCAGCACUCAUUAUUGCAUCGAGGGCACCACGGUGUUCCACAGAGUCCGCGCUUGAGGGGGCACCAAACUGCGAGAACAAUAUAUACUUCCAACAAAUUUUUAGAGGUAUUUGAAGAAAGCGAGAAACAUUACAUGCACUGCAAGAAAAAACCACAACAAAAGUACACAAAUU